AUGGUCUCAUUCAAGUCCAUCCUCCUCGCCAUGACGGCUGCCACUGGCAUUCUGGCUGCCCCCUUCGACUUCCUUUCUGAGCGCGACGAUGGCAACGCCACUGCGGCCCUUGAGAGGCGCCAGAACACUGCGAACAGUGAGGGCUACAACAAUGGCUAUUUCUACUCUUGGUGGUCCGAUGGUGGUGGUUCUGCAGUAUACACGAUGGGCGAGGGCAGCAAGUACUCUGUAGUCUGGCGCAACACUGGCAACUUUGUUGGUGGCAAAGAUCGAAGCACCAUCAACUACGGUGGCUCUUUCAACCCCUCGGGUAACGGCUACCUUGCUGUAUACGGCUGGACUCGCAACCCUCUUGUCGAGUACUAUGUGAUCGAAUCCUACGGUACCUACAACCCCAGCAGCGGUUCUCAGCGUAAGGGUAGCUUCCAGACCGAUGGCGGCACCUACGAUGUCUCUGUUUCCACCCGUACCAAUCAACCUUCCAUCGAUGGCACUAGGACCUUCCAGCAGUACUGGUCUGUACGUACCGCCAAGCGUGUUGGAGGUAGCGUGAACAUGCAAAACCAUUUCAACGCCUGGGCUCGUUACGGUUUAAAUUUGGGAACUCAUUACUAUCAGAUUGUUGCCACCGAGGGCUACCAGAGCAGUGGCAACUCUGAAAUCUAUGUGCAAACCCAGUAGAGCACAAAUAUGCCGACACGUGUUAGGGAGCGCUGAGAUCGCGACUCGGUCAUUCCCGAUCAGCUUUACAUAGCUAGGCACACAGCCAUCUUGUUUGCACUACGACGGUAGUGCUUGGCCUUUGGUUCAUUGUCCUUCACUUCUGCCUCUCGCUUUCUUGUUCAUCUUAGACUCCGAAUGAAUUCAUUACCCUAA